AUGCCGCCGAAAAACGUCUCAACCCGCCUCAACCCGGUCCGUUUAAACUCGAUCACACACCUCCGCGUGCGCGCCCCGGUCUCAAAUGAACUUAGUCCCUGUGCGGCGGUUAUGUCUGCGAUGCUGAGUUGCUGGGCAUCAGCAGGGCCAAAGGAAGGGUGUGUUGCUCUGGAGCAGCAGCUGAGAGAGUGUAUGGAUUCACAUAAACCCAAAACCACCAAGAGGAACGCUAUCAACUACCACCUUAUGCGAAUGUAUCCGAAGGUUGUGGGGCCGAAGAAGAAGAAGACUUAA